GUUUAAGAUAGUUAGUUAGUGUUGCAUUGUUGAGGUUGAGCCUCAUCAUAGAAUCCAUAUUACUUUGUCUGUUUCACAUCUGAAACACUGUUGGUGGUCCAAUUCUUCUUCCUUCUUCCUUUCUCCGCUUCUACUUCUAUCUACCCUUCUCUCUCCUAACACCUUUCGAUAAGUAGCUACCUGGAAUUUCAUUGUUUACUCAAAAUAUCUGCUUCACUAGGAAAUGUUAGUGGUUAGUUUGUUAGGGGAUGGAAGAAUGUUCGUAGUAGGCAUCGAACCCAAACUACUGGACUAGUCCUUUGGAAACGAUGAUGGUUAAUUCAUUGCUUAAAUAAGAUGCAUUAUAUUUGAAGGAAGCCCUUGAAUUUCAUCCAUGGCAACUGAUCUAUCUCUUUCUACUGGAAUUCAUACUAAAGAAGUUCUUUUAGAGGUUGGUAAUUCUGAAAAGCAGUUGUGGGCGUUGAUCCAUUCUAAAGGCAUUCUGCACUCAGAUGCACAAGACUUGUACCACAAGAUCCGGGCUAGUUACGAGAGAAUUAUUUUGAAUAAUUACACAUAUGCAGAAAUUCAGGAUGUUGAAUAUUCUUUGUGGAAGCUCCAUUAUAAGCAUAUCGAUGAAUUUCGCAAAAUAAUAAAGAAAAACUCGGGCGAUGUGGAGAGCAACAAAUCAGGAAUGUUACAAACUGGUGUUGGGAAGAGAAGCAAUGGCAACCCUUUUAAGUUGUUUAAGUUAUUUUUGUCAGAAGCUUCUGAGUUUUACCAAAAUCUAAUUGUGAAAGUCAGAAAACAUUCUGGAGUGUCAGAAGAGGCAUUGUUUCAUAAAAAGGGUUGGAUCUCUUGUUCUGUUGAACCAGAAGUUAAGCUCAAAUGCCAAUAUUUAUGUCAUCGCUGCUUAGUUUGUAUGGGGGAUCUUGCAAGGUACAGAGAACAAUGUGAAAACCCUGAUAUGCAAAAUCAGAAUUGGUCAGUUGCUGCCACUCAUUACUUGGAAGCAACACGAAUUUGGCCUAACAGUGGCAACCCCCAAAAUCAGUUGGCUGUACUGGCAACAUAUAUCGGUGAUGAAUUUCUCGCUCUAUACCACUGUGUAAGAAGUUUGGCAGUUAAAGAACCUUUUCCAGAUGCCUGGAACAAUCUUAUCUUGCUGUUUGAAAAAAACAGGUCAUGUCCUCUGCAAUAUGUUUCCGAAGAAGCUGACUUUGAUGUCUUUAAAACUUCUGGAAAAACGGGUGAAGAGAGGAAACUGAAAGAUGAAUGCUCAAACUACAUUGAAGUUGAAGGCAAAAGUAAUCAUUUUACAGACACAAAGUUAUGGUCUCUUAUGGUCAGAAUGAUAAGUUUCCUUUUCAUAGCAUCAAGCAGAUUUGAGGAGUUCUCUAUUGCAUUGGCAUCUACGAUUGGAGAGUUAGAUAAAAUGUUGAAGCUAGAAGAUAUAGAAUUAAAGACCGUCCUAGAGUCCUAUAGUCAAAUGGAUUUAGCAAGAAGAGGUCCUUUUCGAGCUAUACAAGUAGUUUGUAUUCUCAUAUUUUCCCUAAAGAAUCUAAUGGAUAAGCUUGGGAAAAAUGAUUCAGAAGACAAAAAUGUUCAGCAGUUGUUGCAGAUGGGAUUUGCUGCUGCAUUUGGUGUCAUGGGACGUUUCGUUGAACGAUGCCUUAAAGCUAUGUCUUUGAAUCAUUGCCCCUUAUUGCCUUCUGUGCUUGUUUUUGUGGAGUGGUGUUCAAGUGUUCUUGAUGCAACUGAAGUAUUUAUAACUGAUCAAAAGUGUGAAAGUGCCAUUUCUUACUUUUUUGAUGUGUAUGUUGAACUUCUAAAUCGACUAAACGACGAUAGAAAGGAAACCAAAAAGCUUCUUGAUAGUACUCCUCUGUGGGAAGAUUUUGAGUUGCGCGGCUUUGUAACUAUAGCUUGUGCACAUUUCUCAUUAGAUUUUUGUGGUAAAUGGGAACAUGUAGACAAAUUUGAAAGUGGAAUGGAAUUGCGAGCCGAACGUGUAAAAGAAGCAGCAAAGAAGAUUGCUAGGAGAUCAAAUAAUCUACAAAAGUGGAUUACAUAUGAUGAAUUAGUAAGAAGAUUUUAUGUGUCUAAAUCAGAUGAAUGUCAUGACAAGAAAAAAACAGAACUUGUGGAGUCGAACGGCAAUAGUACAAGAGGGGAAGAGGCUAAUCACAAAACAAACAAAGGCACCAGAGAGGAAAGUCCGAGUAGCCCUAUCAUUAAUGGAAUACCUUCUGUGGUGGAUGAGGAAGAAGUUAUUCUCUUCAGGCCUCUUACGAGGUAUAAUUCAGCACCAUUAUCUCCGUCUCUCGCAACUGAUGAGCAAAAAUCACUAAAAGACAAUGAUGACCAAAGCUUACCAUACGAUGAUUGUUUGCGCCACGCUACAUCUCUUCUUAUGGCACAAAACCCAGCUCAAACUCAAAGUGAUCCAUGGGAAUACCACGGAAGCAUUUCGAAUUUCAGGAGCGAUGAAUCAUUCAAACAACAAGAACCUUCAACAAGGGAAUCAAAUGCACACGCUUAUUCAGAAGCUGCAAUCUCUGCUGGGCCUCCCUCGCUCCGUGCUUGGGUCCUCGAUGAAGGAAGUUUUUUGAACAACAAUAGAAGAAAUGGAACAAAGGGUCUUAUUGAGCAUAGGUUGCAACCUAUUGAAGAAAUAGCUUCUUCAUCUUUGGCAAGUCUAUCCAUCAAUAAAAAUGAAGAUUCAGUCAUUAGCUCAAAGAAUGAAUCUUCAAACUACAAUGCCUCUUCUGCUACCACAUAUUCUCUUCCAGUACCCUCUGCUCCAUUAUUACCUGAUAAUGCUGCUUGGUUUACUAAUGCACAAGCACAACCUAGUUUAUCUGCUUCUAAAUUUCAAGAAAACUUGCCACCAAUAAGCGGUUACUCAGAUUGGAGUUCUACAUAUAGACCACCUGGAUAUGAUCCUAGAUAUCCGGUUUUCUUCGGUGGAUACCCUCCACACGGACAAAUGACUUCUUCGGAAUGGCUGCAUUGGUACAGACAAAACAACAAACCCGAGAGGGCCAACAAUUAUAUGCAUCCGACUUAUAUGAAUACUCCGAGUCCUGAAAAUCAUGAAAAUUUCCUCUAUCACGAUAAUACUUACAGGUUUGAUCAAUUCAACAGACGUGGCAAUCCUUUGUUGUAUAAUAACCAGUACACAUAUAUUGACUCCCCAGGUCCGCCGCCGUUGCAGCCAGGUUUUCUCAAUGCAGGUGAACACAAAGCUAGUCUUUACAACAAUUGUCAAAGACCAGGAGGCUCUUUUGGCUGCUGUGCUGUGACUGAACUGAGAAACGAGCCGCAGUCUCUGCUGGAGUGUUUGAAGGAGAAGGAAUGGCGACUCCAGCGAGAUACUAACUUCAGAGGACCUACAUUCACAGGAAAUUAGAACUCUUAAUCUGAAACUUUUGUGCAACAGAUCAUUCCAUAAUUGUACACCUUGUUGUGCAGUCACUUUAUUUGGUUGCAUGUAUACAAAAUAUCAAACAGUAUAAAAAUGUGUCACAUGUGUAUACAGAUGUCUCAGCCAUUCCUAAAUGAAUUGAAGAACUCUACUUUUUAAAGAAAGUGAA